AGCAGACAGCGGCAGCCCGGCGCAGCGCAGCGCAGCGGCUCCUCUCGCAGCCCCACCGCUGGAACCAGUAAAAAGCCACACAACAUGGACUUAUUCGAGUUUGACUUCUUCAGGGACUGGGAGCUCGAUCAGCAGUGCCAUUACGAGCAGGAGCGCAGCGUUCUCAAGAAGAAGGAGUGGGAAAGGAGGACGCAGGAAGUACCGCAGGACGAAGAUCUGUUCUCCUUCGGGUUCAAUCUGUUCGGGGAGCCGUACAAGACAAAUAAGGGCGAUGCCUUGGCCAACCGUGUGCAGAGCACCCUAGGGAACUAUGAUGAGAUGAAGGAGCUCCUGACCAGUCACUCCAACCAGAGUCACUUGGUUGGCAUCCCCAAAAGCCUGGUCCCACAAACCCCCAUGGAAAAAGAGAGCCAGCCCAGAUUUUUCCCAGAAGCGCAGAAGGGUGCUGUGGCCCCAUCUCAUCAAUGUGGUGGCCCACCGGCAACCUCCAUUCCAACUCCUCCUUCUUCAUCCCUUUCCAGCUCCUCUCUGCUACACAGCCACCAGUUGGCUAAGAUUCCCCGCUCCUCAGACUGGCUACGCAUAGGGCCCAGCUCUGGAAGUUCCCAGCCAGGUUCAGGAGGAGGGGGUGCACCGUGUCGAAGGGGCAAGCAUGGUGUCUCAGCUACUGAGCCAUCCUACAGCCGGUAUGAGGACCAGGCUGGGAGUCAAGGGCACUCCAGUCCAGCCUCUUCUCCUCCAAGAUCCCGAAGGCAUGCACAGGCCUCUAAGAGCCCUUCCAAGGAGAAGGCUCGCGUCACACCUCCCAAGGAGCAAGACAUCUGUCCACAAGGCUCCAGCUCUCCUGUGGCCUCCACCUCCCUGGUCCCUGGGGUUGGCAACUUUCCCCAUGGGAUACAUUGCAAGCCAGCUGCUGGCCAGCAGAAGCCCACUGCAUACGUCAGGCCCAUGGAUGGCCCUGAUCAGGUGACCAGCGAUUCCCCGGAGCUCAAGCCCCACGUGGAACCGGGAGAUGGGUUUGAGGGCUCCACAGCUGGGGGUCCAAUGGACAGCAAGAGUGGAACUAGCAAAGGCAAGAGGAAGUUGCCCAGACUCAUGCUGCCACAGUCUGGGGAGGUCAGCUUGUCGAAUGAAAAUAGCUCCAUUGAAGAUAUUUUAAGGGAAAUGACUCACUCCUGGCCCCCUCCACUCACUGCCAUCCACACCCCGGGAAAACCAGAGCAGAGCAAGUUCCCCGUCCUCCCUAAGGAGUCACAACAUUUAAUCUCAGGAUACAAUGGACAAAAAUGGUGCAAUUUCCCAAGUAACAAGUCUGUGAACAAGUCCGUGCCACAGAAGUCCAUGCUAGAGGAUGACUUGAAACUCAGCAGUGAUGAAGAUGACAUUGAACAGAUUGGGGACAAGACAAAGCCAAGAAGUACACCUCUCAGCCUUCUGGGUCCCGCAAGUCGGCCUGGCGAGUCAGGUCGUGGCAGUGGUGCCUCAGGCAGCUCCAGCGAGUCGGAAAGCAGCUCGGAGUCAGACUCUGACAGCGAGAGCAGCUCCAGCGAUAGCGAGGGUAACAGGCCGUCACGCGGUGCCACUCCUGAGCCCGAACCACCAUCCACCAACAAGUGGCAGCUGGAUAAAUGGCUGAAUAAAGUCAACCCCCACAGCAGGGCCCUCAUCAACACCCAGCCUGAAAGCCACGGAAUUACCGGUUCCCAAGCCAAUGGUAGUCAAGGGCUCCAGGAGGAUGUGCCCUGCAAGGGACAGCCGGGUGUGACUUUGGUCCAGCCCGAUGCUGUAGAGAGGCCUUUGCUUAGUCCCAUCCGGGAAAAGGCCAAGUUCAGAACUGGGCAGAAGACACCGGAGGGCAAGGCAACCAAGCUGAAAUCCCCAGGCUUGGCAGACCUCGCUGCAUCGAUCAAGACAACAGGAAAGCGGCAACCUAAGAAGGUAACACCAGUACCAAAUGUGGAAGAAGCUGACUGGAUUAAAUCCUACAGAACCAGUCCUUCUCCCAGGGAAAAGGAGCCGUCAGCCUCUGAGCAGCUAAAGCCACAGGGCAAAGGUGGCGGGGGCAGGAUGGAACCGCGAAAGGAGCCUCGCUCUGUCACAGCAACCAUCCUGACACAGGAGAAGAAGAAGCACCGUGGGCCUGGCAAGGUCACCCCUAAAUCCAGAGAGUUCAUUGAAACAGAGUCGUCCUCUUCUGAGUGCCACUCUGACCUGGAGGAGCAGGUCAAAGUGCCCCCGGGCUUCCAGGGAACGAGAAGCACUGUCAUGGUUCAGACCACAGAGGGCAACAACAACAGUGCAAGCAGUCAUGCCACUGCCAGCAAUAGUAGCUCCAUACUGGAACCCGGUGUAGAUCUACUGGAGGGCACCCUGUUUUCCCCUGUACCCGAGAUCAGGAACGAGCCACUCUCACCCCUAAGAGACUUAGAAGAAAUUGCAUCACUGUUGGUUAAAAUAGAGCUAAAUUUUUUGUCCCGGAUCCCAGGAAAGGAUCCUCUCGAUCCUCCCGUUAGAAAAGCGGAGUUCCAGGAACCUGUUGCAAAGCAUAACAAGCAGCCAUCUACAGUGGCCACCUCAUGUGAGAAACCUCCCAGCAAAGCCAAAAGGAAACACAAGUUGGAGCAUUCUGAUGUAAUCAGUGCAACCAAGAAGUGUCGGCUGGAGAAAGAGGCCUUGCUGCUCCCUCCAUGUAUAUCCCCCAUUUACAACCACAAGCUCACCAGCACCAAGGAUUCCUUGAAGAAACAGACAAGGAAGAAAGAGGAAAAGAACCUCCCACCCACCUUGUCUCCGCCCUCCAAUGAGUCUACACAGCAAUACAGGACCAGCACAGUAGUCUCUUUAGGCCAGGACAGUGCAACAAUGAGCAUCAGUGCUUCAGUCGCCAGCUGCCCAUCACCCCUCUCCUGUUCAUCAUCCUUGACAUCAUCGUCCACCUCCAAGCACCGCAAGGGGGACAGCAAAUCAGUUCAUAAUUCUAAGACGAGCAAUGAGCGAGAUGAUUGCAGCAAAGCUUCUGAAAUCUUCCAUGACAAUGGUGUACAAGAUCCUGAUCACUGGCCUAACUCACAGCCAGCAUCUGUGGAGGUCAUGGAAUGCAAGAGGCCCAAGCUCAUCUUCGAUGACAUACAUCACAACGCUGACUACUAUAUGAUGGAAGCCAAGAAACUGAAGCACAAAGCAGAUGCACUACUCGAGAAGUUCGGCAAAGCUCUUAAUUACACAGACGGGGCGCUGUCGUUCAUCGAAUGCGGCAAUGCGAUGGAGCGGGACCCGCUGGAGGCCAAGUCUCCUUACACCAUGUACUCCGAAACGGUGGAGCUCAUCAGGUAUGCGAUGCGGUUAAAGAACUUCACCAGUCACACAGCCACUCUUGCGGAGAAGAAACUAGCUGUACUGUGCUAUCGAUGCUUAUCGCUUCUGUACUUGAGAAUGUUUCGGCUGAAAAAGGACCAUGCUAUUAAAUAUUCCCGAACUCUAAUGGAGUAUUUCAAGAACUCGGCAAAAAGUUCCCAAGCACCUUCACCCCGCGGGAGUAAUGGGAAAAGUGCAGGAACCCCAUCCCCGGCAUCCCCAAGCCCCUCCCCCGUGAGCUCCGUCUGCAGCGGCAGCGGUCCACCGGCAGCCCCUACCUCCUGCGGCAGCGUGACCAUUCCCCAGCGCAUCCACCAUAUGGCCGCCAGCCACGUGAACAUCACCAGCAACAUCCUGCGCAGCUAUGAGCACUGGGACACGGCCGACAGACUGUCCCGGGAAAGUCACGAGUUCUUUCAGGAGCUUAAUUUAACAAUGGAACCGUUGACCCAGCAUAGCACCAUGACAGAACUGGUCCGCUAUGUGCGCCAAGGAUUGCACUGGCUGCGGAUAGAGGCUCACCUGUAAUAGGCGGUUUCCGAUUCGUCUCCGGACCCACCACUACCUCUAGCUUCAUGCCGCCCGUUACGCUGAAAGUCCCGCACGCCCUCCUUAUUGAUGUGAGCUUCAUCACUCCUCCAAAAGUUGUCUGCAAUUUGCUUCUUUGCUCCUUUCACAGCUGCUGGGAGAUGGGAAGCAAGCAUCAAACCAGACCCCAUUAGUUUAAAAUACAUGGAUGUCUUCUUAAA